GAACCAUCAGUGUUUUGUCACCGCCUCAUUGGGGGUGCGGUCGCUGUAUUGCUGCCUGUCCUUUACUCUUUCGUUUUGCGCUGCAUAGCGAUAUGAACAGGCUUAUCUGUUCCCCUUCAGGGCUGCGAGUUACAGCAGCUUCGGUGAAAGGAUCUUGAAGCUCAUCUGUUUCGGUUUCCUUUCCUCAGCCUCACCCGAGCUGCCCGGCCCAUAAAAGACAGCGCUCAGCGCAGCACCCUCACUCUCCCGCUCACUCCCUCUCUCCCGCACUCUCUCAGCAUGCAGCUCUGUGAUAAACUGGAUUUAGUCCGGCUGCUCCUGCAGCUGUGCAUCAGCAACGUGCACGUGCGUCUCUCCGCUCUGCUCACUUGGACGUCUGAAUGGCUGAGAGGGAGAACCGGACAGAGCAAACUGACACCGAAAGACCAGUCCAGAGCGACCACAGCGGGACAGAGAGGUCCGCACAGAGUCCAGGUCACAACUCCCAGAAGCGUGAACUACCACUUCACCCGCCAGUGCAACUAUAAAUGCGGCUUCUGCUUCCACACCGCAAAGACGUCGUUCGUUUUACCCAUCGAGGAGGCAAAGAGAGGAUUACAGCUGUUAAAGCAAGCAGGGAUGGAAAAAAUCAACUUCUCAGGUGGAGAGCCUUUCUUACAUCAGAGAGGCGUGUUCCUGGGUGAAAUGGUGCGCUACUGCAAGCAAGAGCUUGAGUUACCGAGCGUCAGCAUCGUCAGUAACGGAAGCAUGAUAAAGGAGAGCUGGUUCCAGCAAUAUGGAGAUUAUCUGGACAUUCUGGCAAUCUCAUGUGACAGCUUUGAUGAGGAGACCAACAGAGCUAUCGGUCGAACUCAGGGCAGGAAAAGUCACUUGGACAACCUGUACAAAGUGCGGAACUGGUGCAGAAUGUACAAGGUGGCCUUCAAAAUCAACUCGGUCAUCAACACCUUCAAUGUUCAUGAAGAUAUGAUAGAGCACAUUGCUUCCCUUAAUCCUGUGCGCUGGAAGGUGUUCCAGUGUCUGCUAAUUGAGGGUGAGAAUGCUGGAGGGAACAGCCUUCGGGAAGCGGAGAAAUUUGUCAUCAGUGACCAGGAGUUCCAAGAUUUCCUGGACCGACACCGGAGCAUUGAGUGCCUGGUUCCAGAGUCUAAUCAAAAGAUGAGAGACUCCUAUCUGAUUCUGGAUGAAUAUAUGCGAUUUCUGGACUGUCGAGCAGGAAGGAAAGACCCGUCAAAGUCCAUUCUGGAUGUUGGGGUGGAGGAGGCCAUCAAGUUCAGUGGAUUCGAUGAGAAGAUGUUUCUUAAAAGGGGGGGCAAAUAUAUAUGGAGCAAAGCAGAUAUGAAACUGGAUUGGUGAUUUUUGUCACAUGUUCCUAACAGCUCAGUCAUAAGUGUGUUCCUAUGUUAUGUUGUUUAUCUGUAUGCUAUAUUUUUGCUAUGUGCGUUAUUUUAUUUGAUUUGUAGUGGAUUGACUGGAUUGAAUGGAUUGUUUUUUCUCAUUAUUAACCUAUUAAUCUUACAUUAUUUUUGAUCUAUAUGUGCUCAGCAGUACUCACUUUAUUUAUUAUAUUAAAAUAGCAUUAUAAAACAUAGGAUAACUCCUUUUUAGUAAAACUAGAAAGUAAAAGUUUUGUUGUAUUUUUGUUUUACCAUACUAAAUUAUUUGUUGGCCAUAAAUGGGUUAUAUACUAUGUGUAUAUUUCUCACUUUCCCUGACCUCAUGGCUUUACUGGAGCAGCAAUACCCUUAACAUAAAGGCAUAAUUGCUACAUCUUUUGGUAUACACUUUGCACAAAUUAUAGCAUUAUGUCAGUAUUUUUGUGUUAAAUAAAGGUCUAUAUUUGUAACAAAACCUA